AAACCUCGGUCAGAUUUGCAUUUAAGGUUGGCGUUGCAUACAAACACGGAUCGUGCCUGAUAACAGGUCUUUCAGCUUCAGCAACACCGUAGUGUUUGACAAAGUCGGUAUGAUUCUCCGGGCGGCAAUCCUUAUCCACCUUUUUCACUUAGUGGCAUCAAAGUCAUAUUCAGAAUACUGGAGUUGUGCUGGUGGUGAAGAAAAUUUGCUACAACUAGAGAAGCGUCCCUAUGUUUGGAUAGAUGCCUCAUCUGCACGUCAUCCACCUAGUAGAUUAACUUGUUGGCCGUUUGGCCUGGAUUUCAUUUGUACAAACUCCAGUGGUGGUACUAACUCUACUGAUGUAGUACUGUGCGCCGCACCAAUAGCACGGCCGUUGGGUCAGCCUACUGGCGUGAACAGCUUCCAAGUUGUGUCUUAUAAUAUCUACGAGCUGGAUUAUAUUUAUAACCCAGCAUUCCUGGGUUUACCGCCUGUUUUCUCGUAUUCCGGACAGAGAGAGCGGACUUGCCGCAUACCUCUUAACAUUAUACGGGGUCACCGAUAUGUUGACGUCAUCGUCUUCCAAGAGGUGUACAUGGGAGGAUGUUUCCCAAAUGAAAUGGAUCUGAGAGAUCUUUUAACAUAUUAUGGUUUUCGAUAUAUAACUCCUAAUGUUGGAGCCGCAGAAGAAGCUAAUCCUCUUCUCUUGGAAAAUGGUGGCGUUGCCAUCGCCUCACGUUGGCCGAUUGUGUAUUAUGAGCAGUACAUAUUCAAUAUAUCUGACCCGACUACUGCCGACGCGUUCGCAGCAAAAGGAGUCAUGUACGCGCAUAUAAUGAAGUCAGACGACAAAGAAACCUUGCCAUAUCACGUGUUUGGCACUCACAUGCAGGCCGAGGUAGGCGCAACAAGAGAAGUAGUACGUGAAGCCCAGGCAACACAAAUGUCCAAAUUCAUUGCAGGACUUGAAAUAAGUACUUCUGAACCAGUAAUUAUGGCGGGAGAUUUUAACGCAGAUAUGAAUAACUUCCCAGAUCACGCUGAGCGCGUCCUCGACAACAUGGGAGCUAUCCUUCCUAAUAUAGCUGGACCUUUGCGAACGACAUGGGACCCACUAACGAAUGAAUUGAUACUGGAUAAAGAACAACCGACAGAGCAAUGGUUGGAUUAUGUAGUGUUGAGUUCAUCGCAUUUGACUGAAGGCGUCAGAGCAAGCGUGAUUGCCUUCAAACCAAGAUGUCCAACGUUUAGCGUCUGUAUCGCUGCGUCAACAGGCGAGUACGUGUCAAGUCUAUCGCCUGAUUGCGAACAGACGCUUGACGUCGUGAACUUGUCGGAUCACUAUGCGGUUAUUGGGUCUUUUCUUUUCCCACGAAACUCCGAGAAAAAGAAAAAGUGUUGUAAAAAUAGGAGAUUCCAAUAGUCAUCAUUUGUUUGAUUUAUUUUUCCAAUUAUUUGUUUAGGGCCUAUCGUCUAGACUGAGGUAUGGAAUAUUCUGGCAAGGCGCGACUGCAAUAUGAUUCUACACACAUGUUCUGCUCAAAUCCAUUGAUUAAAUAUUAAUCAAUGGAUUUAUAGAAAUACCGGUAACUAAUACAAUUUCGUAGAAAUAAUAAAUUCGUAGGUCUAUUCUACCAUUUUAUGUAGGAAAAUCUCAGUGAAAUCUCUGAUUAUCUAUUUCGAAUUUUACAUUCACAUUAUUUUGCACAUUUUUAUUUACAUUAAAAUUAAAUUUAUUUCGUAAA